GCGCCCUCAGGAGCAGAGCAGGGAUGGAACGCCUCGGGAUUGGCCGAGGGCUGCUGCCGGCGUGGCCACGUGCCAUCUCCUUAUGUCUUUAUAUACUGUAAGCGGAUGAGCAGACCGUCCUGAGUUUGCAUGCUGCCUCUCCCUCCCUAGUGCGCCUCACCCCUCUCAGCGAGCUCUCCCGGCGGUGGUCCUCGGCGCCUCUCUGCAACCAUCCGCACCCCCUCUCCGAGAAGGCGCUCCGUUUUAACAAGAACCUCCACCAAGGCUUCUCCUUCCCUUUGCUAAGAGCUACCAGCUGUCUCCAUCUCUCUCUGUCCAACCCUCUCCGUGCGUGAAAACCAUGGCUCCACUGAGGCUGCUGCUGACCCUCUCCGUGGGGCUGCUGGCUGCCGUCCUCGGAGCCGACGCCACGUACUACCGGCACCACCGCUUCGUCCCCCACUACCGCUACCGCGAGCACUCGGCCAACACGGAGAACCUGCUGCCCGAGGCCGCGCAGCCCGCCACGCCCACCUACCCCGUGAUCCCGGAGGUCUUCCACCCCGCGCCCGAGUCCCUGCACCCGGCCCAGGAGCCCGACCAGUCCCCCGAGGUGGCCCCGGCGGCCAUGGUCCACGCCCUGGCGCCUCUCAGCAGGGGCAAGGUCUUCUACGGGGUCAUGUUCGACGCCGGGAGCACGGGCACCAGGAUCCAUAUCUACAAGUUUAUCCAGAAGGACCCAGUUGAGCUGCCGGUUUUGGACAAUGAAUUGUACCAUGCAGUGAAGCCUGGUUUGUCUGCAUACAAAGACACACCUGAAGAGGGUGGCAACACGGUCAGACAGCUGCUGAAGCUCGCUCAGAAGACGGUCCCCGAGGAGGAAUGGAAGCAGACCCCCGUGGUCCUGAAGGCCACCGCGGGGCUGCGUCUUCUGCCCGAAGACAAAGCCAACGCUCUUCUGGAUGAGGUGAGGGAAGUGUUCGCGGAGUCCCCCUUCUUCAUCCCGAAGAACAGUGUUUCCAUCAUGAAUGGCACCAACGAAGGUAUCCUGGCCUGGGUCACAGUCAACUUCCUGACAGGUCACUUGUAUUCCAAUACAAAGAGGACGGUGGGCAUCCUGGAUUUAGGCGGAGGCUCCACCCAGAUCACAUUCCUCCCAAAGUCUCAGAAAACAGUGGUUUCAGCGCCGCCCAGCUACAUCGCCAGAUUCAACAUGUUCAACCACACCUACCAGGUCUACACACACAGCUACCUUGGAAACGGGCUAUAUGCAGCCCGCCUGGCGACCCUGGGAGCGCUCAGAGCUGACGGUCUAGACUGGAAGGUGUUCACCAGCUCGUGCCUGCCCAAGAAGUUUCAGGAGGAUGUGACUUUUGGAGGGAUCACCUACAAAGUCAGCGGGAUUCCUGAUGGCUACGCAGGCUACAAGCUCUGCUACCACGAGGUGAUGAAAGUCAUCAAGGGCAUCGUGCACCAGCCCUUCGAGGUGAAGGGGAGCAGCGUCUUCUACGCCUUCUCCUACUACUUUGACCGAGCCGUGGAGUCCGGCCUCAUCGAUGGCAGUCGUGGCGGUAUGGUUGAAGUGAGGGACUUCAAGAAGAGAGCCAAAGAAGUGUGCAACCAGAUGACCAAGUUCCGUGCCAUCAGCCCCUUCCUCUGCAUGGACAUGACCUACAUCACCUGCCUGCUGAAGGAGGGCUUCGGCUUCAAGGACAACACCGUGCUGCAGCUGGCCAAGAAGGUGAACAACGUGGAGACGAGCUGGGCGCUGGGCGCGACCUUCGACCACUUCCGUAACCUCAACAUCCACUAGGACGGAGACACGCACGCAGAUGCCGCCGCGGACAUACCGACGGUGGACGACGAGGGACAGCACGCGGCAGGGCGUCUCUCCCUGGACACCACAGACAGACCCGAGCCUAGGGAAGAAUUCUGUCCCAUCUAUCACAAUCUCUCUUUAACCUCAGCAACCCUGAAAUCUCUUUGGGGGAAAACUACAAAACACUUAUUUUUGAUAUGGCAUUCUUUUCUACUGUAUGUUCAGCCCCCACGUCCAAGUGGUUGGCUGUUUUUAUUUUUGUAAGCAAAGGCGUUCACAUUUUUUGCUACCUUAUGGGUGUCUGUUCUUGGAAUUGCUGUUGUAUACACCCAGCUUUAAGUGUGAGUGGAGAGUUCCUACAAAGCUACUUAUGGAGUCAUGGUAUUUAGGGAAUUACAGGUACUUCACUGGUCCUGGUGCACACUGUUUAACGCAGUGGGAUUGGAUUGCGAUAAUAGGUUGUUUUCCAGAUACUUAGAACUCCUUUCAUUGUUAUUUACAUUUUGACCUAACAUAUAAAUUAUUCAACAGGACAGAUUUGGUUGACAUUAGACGAUGCAGGAGCGCGACAAUCUGUUUCAAAAUAUAAUAGUUAGCCUCAACCUUUUUGCACACUUUAAUGGCAGAUACUGUUGCUGCAUGGUAGUCUUUCACCAGGCUUGUACAUAGUUAUCUAAGGAGCAUUGCAUUUGCCAUGACUCAGGGGAACUAGGAAAUUGAGUAGGAGAGUUAAUUCUCGCAAAAGUGUGUGCUGCAUGAUGGCCAAAUGUGGUGGAGUGUGUGGGAUGUAAAUGCCUGUAGUUUAGCCGCGUAUACUUGUAAGGCCUGCAGUUGAAUAGUUCCUAAGCAUGGCUAAGUUGCAGUUACCGUCAGUCUAUAACGAUAUUAUAGGCUUGAAGCGAUGACUUGUUUUAUACAAACAUCUACAGACAAAACUUAUUGUUCAAACUCUAUCUGCCCAGCGCCAUAUUUGUCACAGCCAGUAAGAGCAAUUUGUUAGCUCUUUUUUUCUUGUGAAUUGUACAAAUAUUUAAAAAGGAAAGAUGAUCUAAUUAUACAGUAUAAGUGUACUUGUGCUUCAUAUAACUCCAAAUAUGUCUGUAACUGCUCCCCAAACGGUGCCUUUUUUUUCCAAUAUUCCAAACGUUCAAUAACUACUGUUGUAAAUACCAUGUAAAAUUGUAUUUGUGAAACACUUUUACUUAAAUGCUUUUACAUUCCAAAUGUUGCUCAGAAAUGCCCUCUUGUUAAUCAGAUGAAUCACCUGAUGACAGACCUAUGUACAUUCUGUGUGUGUGUGUGUGUGUGUGUGUGUGUGUGUGUGUGUGUGUGUGUGUGUGUGUGUGUGUGU